AUGUCAAAAGGAGUUUUCCCAACCGAACAAUUUACUUCUGAUGGAGUAAAGAGUACUGGGAACUGGGGAGGUGAGAAGUUAACAAAUCAUAAUGCCCUCUUUGGAGGUGGGGAAUGGGGUCUAUCAGAUUUUGAUUCAUUUAGCUUCAGAAUGGGGUUCUUUCAGGCACAAGAUAGUAUAACUCAGCCAGGACUUGCCAUGCCCGAGUACCAAAUUGACCAACAACUAAAACAGUUCACAGAUUUUGGAAGCUUUGAUGAUUUGUAUCCUGAUGUUGUCACUCCGCCUUUUCAGUCACUUGAUGAUGAAUACAGUAAGCUUGCUAGUGUCGAGUUUCAAAAUUCAGAGCCUAGUGCACCCAAGAAGAAGAUACGGUAUGGAUUCCCUUCAGGUUCACUUGAGAUCCUGAAGAGAUAUGGAAGCAGAUGCAGAAGGUUCAACGGUGAAAAGGUUAAUAUGCCAAGCUCUGAGAUACAAUACACUAAUAGUAGCGGUCCAACACUUUCAGCUGAAAUAAUCAUUCAACUGGCUGCAGAAAAAUUUAUUCAAUCCUGUUCUAAAUGUAGUGAUGAGCUUUCCAUGCUUAGCCAUCCAUAUCCAAGUUCAAUUUUGGCUAACUCUGCUGGAAAUUCAAAAGAGGUUCAUCUUCUCCAGAAUCUUCUGUCCUCUGCUGAAAAAUUAGGCCAGCAGCAGUACGAGCGUGCAAUCAAGCUCCUUUGUGAGAGUGACAAAAUGAGUUCCAAUAGAGGAAGCCCUAUUCAGAGAUUAGUCUUUUAUUUUACUGAGGCUCUUCAUGAGAAGAUUGACAGAGAAACUGGAAGAAUUACUCCGAAGGGUUUGGGCAAAAAAAAAAUUGCAGAUCCUCUAGAAGCAUUGAAGUGUCGAGAUUCAACCCUUAUAGCAUUUCACAGUGAGAUGCCUGUUUCUCAGAUUACCAAAUUGGCAGGAAUUCAAGCCUUAGUAGAACAUGUAGCAGAGGCAAAGAAGGUACACGUCAUUGACCUUGAGAUCAGGAAUGGAAUACAUUGCAUAAUUUUGAUGCAAGCUCUUUUGACUAGAUUCGAAAAUCCUAUUGAGCAUCUUAAAAUUACGGCUGUGGGAACAAAAUCAAAGGAAAAAUUAGAAGAGACGGGUAGGCGUCUUACAAGUUUUGCACAGUCCCUGAACUUGCCAUUUUCUUUUGUCAUUGUCAUGAUAGAUGAUAUUUUAGAUCUCAAUAAAGACCUCUUCAAGUUAGAUGAUGAUGUAGCUGUUACCAUCUACGCAGCAUACACUUUGACAUCUAUGAUUGGAUGCCCAGAUAGACUGGAGCACGUGAUGAGAGUGAUCAAAACUAUAAAUCCUCAUGUAAUGAUUUUCACAGAAAUUGAGGCCAAUUGUAAUUCUCCAAUUUUUGUGGACCGAUUUGUAGAAGCUCUGUUUUACUAUGGUGCAUUUUUUGAUUUCCUGGCCGAUUGUAUGAAGGAUGAUGAGAAAAAUAGAAGGGAUGCUGAAUCAACAUGCUUCAGUUCUGCAAUAAGAAAUAUUGUGGCAGCAGAGGGAGAGGAAAGGAAGAUUCGACAUGUGAGUAUCCGUGUCUGGAGGGCAUUUUUUGCACGUUUUGGGUUGGUUGAGGUAGAACUGAGCAUGUCAUCUAUGUAUCAAGCCAAUCUGGUGCUUAAGAACUUCAGCUGUGGGUACGCCUGCACUUUCGAUAUGGAUGGAAAAUGCUUAACUAUUGGUUGGAAGGGCACACCUCUUUGUUCACUUUCUGCAUGGAAGUUUCAAUGA